AUGGCCGAUCAAAUGUGUUCCCAGUCGAUUAUUGUCUCCCUCGAAUACCAAUCUUUCGAACGUCUCCCUUCUACACAUCGGAAACCUGGUUCGCAAGGCCAACUGGCAACAAUCUCGUCGGGGAUUAUUCUUCCGCCCAAGACAAGAGCUUCAUUCGCUUUUCUUAUUCCCACACGCUGGACGGAAGCCCUCGAAGCUCCUUCCCCCGCCACGAGUUCCAAACUUGGGAAAGGGCCACAAAGAAAGGUUAAGUCUGAGAUGGAGAUUAAUGCAGCUGGAAGGCUAAUUGCCAGAUCAUUGAGGCCUGAAUUCAUUUCAGCAAGUUCCCUUUCCCAAAUUAACAUCUCAAAUCAUACCCUUCCUGUCAAGACUGUGACGAAAACCUCAUCAUGGGAUCUAUCCCAAACUUUCAUUGAAUCGGAGCAAGAAAAAGGAAUUUUUCACGUCAACGCACUCAAAUUGUAUCGAAAUACUAGACCGCGUACUGCAAUCAUGGGAGGUCCUAAUCUCGAAGUGUUCAAAUUUGGCAUGUAUAUCAUGUUUCCAAUCGCAAUCAUGUACUACUAUGGUACAAAUCUCGACCAACGGUUCUCGGUCCCAGACUUCUGGCCAAAGGUUGAGCAAACCAAUCGCAUACCGUUUGAGAAGGAUGAGAUCAAAGCAGAGCUAGAGAGAUUAAGGCAAAAGAGGCUAUAUUUGAGAGAGCAAAGGCUGCGGGGCGCGAAUGGCUCGAACGGGGAAGAGAAAUGA